UAAACCACAACACACAGACCCGCACUAACCCGCCCAGCGCCUGAGAUCAUUCCGCGCUUCACUCCGGGAGCCGGGAUGGAGGAAAUCCUGAGAAAGCUGCAGAAAGACGCGUCCGGCCACAAGCACAAAGGCAUCCGAGACGCCUGCGUCUACGCCUGCGAAACCCUCGAGUCUCAGAAUGGAUCCGCCAAGAUUUCUCCUUCUCAGCUUCGAGAGCGCUGCCUGCUUCCUCUACAGAUGGCUCUGGAGUCCAAAAACACCAAACUGGGCCAGACGGCGCUCACUGGGAUGCAGAAGCUCCUGUGUGAGGACAGGUUUGUGGGCGGUGUUGGCGUGGAGGUGGAGGUCCUGGAGAAGCAGCUGCUGAGCCAGAUGUUGGAGGCCAUCAGAAUCACCCCGUCUCUGCAUGAAGACCUGCAGGUGGAAGUCAUGAAGGUCCUGCUGUGUAUCACCUACUCACCAAACUUUGACAUUAAUGGAGACUCCAUCCUGCGGAUCGCUGAGGUAUGUAUCGAGACCUACGUGUCCAGCUGUCACCUGCGCAGCAUCAACACGGCGGUCAGAGCGACGCUUAGCCAGAUACUGGGAGACCUGACACUGCAGCUGCGACACCGACAAGAGGGUGCAGAUGGAGAGGAGGUGACUGCGCUGCCGCUGCAGAGAAGAGAUAUUUCUCCAACCAGCCAGGCUCUGUGUGAAGACGUGGUGACGGUUCUGACAGUCUUCUGUGAGAAGCUGGAGUCAGUGGACAGUGACAACCAGCUCCUGCAGCUGCUCUACCUGGAGUGCCUCCUGUCCAUGCUCAGCAGCUGUCCUCCCACAAUGCACCUGUCCAGAGGUUUCACCGACCUUGUGUGGAAGCAGCUGUGUCCGUCGCUCGUGGCGAUCAUGGGAAAUCCUGUCAACGACAAAACCAUCGCCUCGCACCACGGCUACAUGGGGGCGCCGGACCGGGACCGGCUGUCAGACAGACUCAGUCUAGGGAUAUCCGAUCAGGGCCGGGGGUCAGGCUGCUCCUCCAGCGCCCCCGCCAGGAUCGCCCCGGUGGUGCGGACGGUGUGUUACAUCGCGGCGGAGCUGGUGCGUUUGGUGAGCUGCGUGGAGUCGAUGAAACCGGUGCUGCAGUCGCUCUACCACCGGAUCCUGCUGUACCCCCCCCCUCAGCACCGCACCGAGGCCAUCCGCAUCAUGAAGGAGAUUCUGGGCAGUCCUCAGCGGCUGUACGACCUGGCCGGUCCGUGCGUGGCCGAACCUGAAACCAGGAAGCGCUCCUUCUCGAAGAGGAAGUCUCACCUGGAUCUGCUCAGACUAGUGAUGGACGGGAUGACGGAGGCGUGUAUGAAGGGAGGCAUCGAGGCGUGUUACUCCUCCGUCUCCUGUGCCUGCGCUCUCCUGGGAGCUCUGGAUGAACUGUCGCACGGCCGCGGCAUCCAACCUGAGCAGGCUCGGCUCCUCCUCAGACGACUGGAGGACCUGAAGGACGGGACGGAGUCCACGCGGGAGUCCAUGGAGAUCAACGAGGCCGACUUCAGGUGGCAGAGACACAUCCUGGCGUCCGAGCAGCCGCCGUGGGAGCCCGGCUCCUCCUCCUCCAACAUGGCCACCAGCGGGACCACCGAGCGCAGCCCCGACAUUAGCAUCAGCAUCACCACGGAAACGGGCCAGACCACCCUGGACCUGGAGGCGGGGGGGCUCGGACCGGGCCACACCACUCCUGAGGAGUGCGGGGAGGACGCUCGCCUCCCCUCGCCCUCAUCCUGCGGCGGCCAGGAGGGGGCCACGCGUGAGCAGAGCAGAGGAGUAGUGGUUCCUCCAGAUGUGGUCCAGCGGAGUCACGCCCUCGUCUACCCUGACAUCACCAACUUCCUGUCUGUGGAGUCCAGGACCAGGUCGCACCACGCGGGCGGGUCACGAUACAGCGAGAGCAACUUCAGCAUGGAGGAGCAGGACCUGUCGCGGACAGAGUUCGACUCCUGUGACCAGUACUCCAUGGCUGCUGAGAAAGACUCGGGGCGCUCCGACGUCUCGGACAUCGGCUCUGACAACGUCUCGCUGGCUGACGAGGAGCAGCAGACGCCUCGCGACUGCCCGGGCCACCGCUCCCUUCGCAACGCCGCCAUGUCCCUCAAACUGCUCCGCAACCAGGAGGCCGACCAGCAGAGCGCCAGGCUGUUCGUCCAGUCGCUGGCGGCGCUGCUGCCCCGGCUGCUGGGAUUGGCCACCGCCACCGAGGUGGACCUGUCGCUGCAGAACUUCUCCUCCACCUUCUGCUCCGGACUGCAAGCUGGUGGGAUCCACUCCCCGGGCUUCGAGGCAGGUGACACCCUCAGCUGUCAGUCUCUGAUGAACGCAGACGGUCUGUACCUGGUGUCGUACUACGCUCUGCUGCUCAACCUCAAACUCUGCUGCUGCGACUACUACAGACGCCGAACGCUCGCUCCCGUGCUCAGCCUGGAGUUUGUGCGUCUGAUCCAGAGCAGCGGCGUCCUCGUGGUUCUGUCCCAGGCGUGGAUCGAGGAGCUCUACCACCAGGUGCUGGAGCGCAACCUGCUGGGCGAGGCCGGGUACUGGGGCUCGCCGGAGGACCACGCCCUGCCGCUCAUCACCACGCUGACAGAUAUUGACGGUCUGGGCAGCAGUGCAAUCGGCGGUCAGCUGAUCAGGAGGGCCUCCAGCCAAUCGCCACUCAGCUGCAACAAGGCGGGCGGUGACAGCGUGAUGGCAGGAGCCGUGUUCUCUCGCUUCAUCCUCACCGGCGUCUGGAAGAACCUGAUCGACGUCCUGUCCACGCCGCUGACGGGCCGCAUGGCGGGCAGCUCCAAGGGCCUGGCGUUCAUCCUGGGAGCAGAGGGGGUGAAAGAGCAGAGCCAGAGGGAGAGAGACACCAUCUGUCUGAGUUUAGACGGCCUACGCAAAGCUGCCGCGCUCAGCUGCGCCCUGGGUGUGGCUGCCAACUGUGCGUCGGCUUUAGCGCAGAUGGCCGCAGCGUCGUGUGUGCAGGAGGAGAAGGAGGAGAAGGAGCUGGGAGAGACGGGAGACGCCAUCACACAAGUGAAGCAGCGUGUCGAGCAGCGUCUGGAGCAGAUCGGACGUCCUCAGGGAGUUCGUCUGCACACGGCUCACGUCUUGUGCAUGGACGCCAUCCUGAACGUGGGACUGGAGAUGGGAAGCCACAACCACGACUGCUGGCCGCAUGUGUUCAGGGUGACCGAGUACAUCAGCUCACUGGAGCACACCCACUUCAGCGACGGCUUCUCACAGCCGUCAUCUUUGACCACCAUCACCCAGCAGGCGGCCGGCGUGGACCUGGGGCUGGAGCUGAGCUGCGAGCCCAGCCCCGAGGCCUCGGAGCUGGGCCUGAGCCAGCCGGUCAUCCAGCCUCUCUCCAUCCAGGAGCUGCUGAGGGAGAGCGGCAGAGGAGGCCGAGGGCUGGAGCUGAAGGGCGGGAGCCUGAUGACGGGGACCAGCGCCGCCAAGGCUGUUUGUACGCUGUCAACACAGGCCGACAGGUUGUUUGAAGAAGCAGCCACCAAACUGAACCUGGUGGGUUUGGUUGGUUUCCUGCAGCAGCUGAGAAAAGCUUCUCAGUCUCAGCUGUUUGACUCUGUAACUGAGACUGGUGACUACUCACUGGCAAUGCCAGGAGAGGCCAAGUCGACGCUGGAGCGGCGCAGUGCUCUCCAUCUCUUCCGUCUGGGCGAGGCCAUGCUGCGGAUCGUGAGGAACAAGAGCCGGCCUCUGCUCCACAUGAUGAGGGCCUGGAGCGUGGUGGCGCCACACCUGGUGGAGGCGGCGUGUCACAAAGAGCGCCAUGUAUCCCAGAAGGCCGUUUCCUUCAUCCACGAUGUUCUGACGGAGGUGCUGACGAGCUGGGCGGAGCUUCCACACUUCCACUUUAACGAGGCGCUGUUCAGGCCGUUUGAGCACAUCAUGCAGCUGGAGCUGUGUGACGAGGACGUGCAGGACCAGGUGAUCACAUCAAUUGGCGAGCUGGUGGAGAUGUGUUCUCCUCAGAUCCUGUCGGGGUGGCGUCCUCUGUUCAGCGCUCUGAGGACCGUCCACAGCAGCAAGACCGACAUUAAAGAAUACCUGCUGGGAGAGUACUCCAUGGGGAAGUCCCAGGCGCCGGUGUUUGACGUCUUUGAGGCUUUCAUCAACACCGACAACAUCCAGGUUUUCGCCAACGCCGCCACCGACUACAUCAUGUGCCUCAUGAAGUUCGUCAAAGGCUUAGGAGAGGUGGACUAUAAGGAGAUCGGAGACUGUGUCCAUGUGUCAGGUUACAGCUCCACCGACCUCUGUCUGCCCGCCCUCGACUACCUCCGCAAGUGUUCACAGCUGCUGGCGAAGAUCUACAAGAUGCCGUCCAAGCCCGUGUUCCUGGGGGCACGGCUCGCCAGCCUGCCAAUGAGAGCGCAGGAACGCUCCGUCGGCAGCGAGGACGGGAUGGACUGCGUCCUCCAGGAGUUUGACGAUGACACAGGUCUGAUCCAGGUCUGGAUUCUGUUACUGGAGCAGCUCACAGCUGCCGUGUCCAAUUGUCCUCGACAGCACCAGCCCCCAACCCUCGACCUGCUCUUCACCCUGCUCCGAGAGGUCACCACUGUCCCAGGUCCGGGGUUCGCCAUUUUCUCCGUCAUCCAGCUACUGCUUCCUGUGAUGUCGCUGUGGCUGCAGCGUAGCCAUGGCGACCACUCCUACUGGGACGUGGCGGCGGCAAACUUCAAACACGCCAUCGGCUUGUCGUGCGAGCUGGUGGUGGAGCACGUCAACAGUUUCAUACACUCGGACAUUGGAUACGAGUGUCUGAUAAACCUGAUGUUAAAGGACCUGUUCAAGCUGCUGGUGGCCUGUGUGUCUGAACCUGCAGAGACCAUCUCCAGAGUCGGCUGCUCCUGCAUCAGAUAUGUGCUGGUGACAGUUGGUCCGGUGUUCACAGAGGAGAUGUGGAGGUUGGCCUGCUGCGCUCUGCAGGACGCUUUCUCUGCCACAUUAGAGCCUGUCAAGAACCUGCUGGCCUGUUUUCACAGUGGUUCAGACAGUUUCUCCGGAGACGCCUGCGAGGUGAAGGUGGCGGCUCCGUCUCAUUCGCCGUCGGCCGAGGCCGAGUACUGGAGGAUCAAAGCCAUGGCUCAGCAGGUCUUCAUGUUGGACACCCAGUGCUCUCCGAAGACGCCCAACAACAAGGACGGCUUUGAGCACGCUCAGUCCUGCGUUCUCAUCAUCGAGCUGCCGUCUGACCAGCAGUCCAACGGACACACACAGAAGAGGAUCCCGUUCCGGACCAUCGUGGUGAGCCUGCUGUCCCACCAGGUCCUGCUCCAGAACCUCUACGACAUCCUCCUGGAGGAGUUCGUCAAACAGCCCGAGGGUCACGAAAGGGUCACGCCCGUGACCUCCGACCCCAGCAGACCCGCCGCGGGCUUCCUGCGCUACAUCUCCAUGACUAAUUUAGCCAUAAUCCUGGACCUGCUGCUGGACUCCUACAGGACGGCUCGUGACUUCGACACCCGGCCGGGUCUGAAGUACCUGCUGAUGAAGGUGUCGGGCGUCUGCGGAGCGGCUAAUCUUUACCGUCAGUCGGCCAUGAGCUUCAACCUGUACUUCCAGGCGCUGCUGUGUGCCACGCUCAGCCAGUCCGACAGCAUGACGGCGCAGCAGGUGAAGAGGAUCCUGUACGAGGAAGAGGAGGGGAGCUCCGACUCCUCCCACCCUGGGUCCGCCUCCUCAGAGGACGAGGACAUCUUUGAGGAAACGGCACAGGUCAGCCCUCCUCGCGGCCGGGACAAACGUCACCAGUGGCGAGCCCCGAUCCCGUCGCUCAGCGUGCAGCCGCUGGGCAGCGCCGACUGGGCGUGGCUGGUCAAACGCCUCUACAAGCUGUGCAUGGACCUGUGCAACAGCUACAUCCAGAUGCACCGCGACCUGGAGAGCUCGCUGGAGGAGACGGCGCUGCUGAGGGGAGGAGCUUCAGGAGGAGGAGAUCACGUCUUCUUCCUGCCUCUCUUCCAGUCUGAGACGUCCACUCCGUCGUCGGCAGGCGGGCUCUCGGCGAGGGGGACGCCCUCGGAGGAGAGCGGGUACCGGUGUCAGGCGGCGGACCAAAGCGCAGCGUCACCGGGAGACACGCCCACACCCAGUCCAGGAUUCAGGUCAGACUGUCCGGGGAAGAGGAAGGAAUGGUGGGAGAGCGCCGGGAACAAACUGUACACCAUCGCCACGGACAAAACCAUCAGCAAACUGAUGAUGGAGUACAAACGCAGGAAACAGCAGCAGCAGCAGCCGCAGCAGAGCCACGUCAACCUGUUCAUGAAGGAGCAGGGCCGGGCGGCGGCGGCGGGAGGCGGGGGCGCCGGGGAGAGGAGGGGUCCCGCGGAGCCCCCGCAGAGACCGCAGCAGCUGGUGGACCAGCAGGGGCCCCCACUGAGGCACUCGGUCAGCGCAGGGCCCGAGGUCCUGAGGCAGGAGAAGAGGCCCCGCUCAGGAUCCACCAUCAGCUCCCACAGCAUCUCACUGAGGGACUCUGAGGCCCAGAUACAGGCGUGGACCAACAUGGUCUUGACUCUCCUCAAUCAGGUCCUCCUCCUGUCUGACUCCUCCUUCCUGGCGCUGCAGCCGGCGCUCUACCCCUGCCUCAGCCAGCUGUCCUGCCACGUCACCGACGCCCGGGUCCGCCAGGCGCUGCGCGAGUGGCUGGGCCGCGUCGGCAGACUCUAUGACAUCAUCGUGUGA